CCUGGGCGGAAGUGCGCGGGUAUCCAUGUUGAGCGGCUGGGCGGAAACCGAGGCCUGCUGCCUUCCCGCCUCGCUAAGAUGGAGGAGACGAGCCGCCGGAGGUGUUAAGCGCCCCACCCCCCGUGACUAGCCGGGAGUUACUGGGCUUCGUAGAACGGCCUUAGGGCUUGUAUUGAAGACAGACAGCUACUUCACUGCCAAAAUGUCAUCUUCUACCUCUACACAAUGUCUACCACCAGAGAGUGCCUGCAGAACACCACCUCAACAAGUCAAACGGCUACGACCGAAACCGCCACUCCUGAAGAUUCUGCGAGCUGCAGGUGCUCAAGGUGAAAUUUUCACACUAAAGGAGCUUGUACAUUACCUUGGAGAGUAUAUCUCAAAGAAGCAGCUAUAUGACAAAAAACAGCAGCACAUCGUGUAUUGUGGAGGAGACCAGCUGGGGGAUCUUCUAGGUUGUGAAAGCUUCUCUGUGAAUGACCCAAGACCAUUUUAUGACAUGCUGAAACGGAAUGUGACUUCUGUUACUGUUACUCUUACAGAUGCUGCACAGAGACUUGCUCUCGCAAAGGAUCAAAGCAUGAAUAAUCCAAGUCAAGACCAACUGAAGCAGAGUAGCACAGACAUAAGCUGCACUUCUGGGCGAAAAGAGAACGAAGUUGACACACCUGCCUUGACUGUCUCAAAUACGUGCAAGGAGGAUGAAGAUAACCUUUUAAAAGAACAACCCACACUGGAUCUGGUGCUUGAAGAGUGGGAUGUGGCUGGUCUUCCAUGGUGGUUUUUAGGGAAUCUGAGAAACUACAAGUCUAGAAGUAACGGCUCAACCGAUAUACAUACGAAUCAGGAUGUAGACACCACCAUUGUUUCAGAUACCACUGAUGACUUGUGGUUCCCCAAUGAAGCUGCUUCGGAUCAGUUUGGUGUUACAAUCCCAGCUAAAACAAUUGACCGUGACCAUGCCAGUGAAGAUGGAAAAGAUGGGAGCAAAACUGUGAGUGAAGCUGAAUCAUCUGAUGACUUUGAAGAUACACAGUCCUUAAACGAUGACACAGACAUAGAUCCUCCCUCCAAGGACUAUUGGCAGUGCACAAAAUGCAAGAAGUUUAACUCUCCCAUUAAACGAUACUGUUUCCGCUGCUGGGCCUUACGGAAAGACUGGUUCUCUGACUGCCCCAUGUUAGCACAUUCUCUUUCCUUAUCCAACAUUGCCACAAUGCAAAGCAAAGAGGACACAGAAGGGAUAGAUGUCCCAGACUGCCGAAGGACAGUAUCUGCUCCACUUAUGCAGUCCAAAGACCCAUGCAGAUCAGAAAUCAAACCCAACCCACGUCCUGGAAGCUCUGUGGAUUCUCUGGAUCUUGCAGGCAAAGAGCCUUUGUUGCAGUUUGGUAAGCACAAAGAAAAGUGGUCCCUUGAGAGUAGCAAGGAAUUGCUGAAACCUUGCAUUAUGUGUCAGAAGAGGCCACGGAAUGGGAAUAUUGUCCAUGGAAGGACAGCUCAUCUGGUCGCCUGUUUCACUUGCGCAAAAAUGUUAAAAAAAGGCCGGUCACCUUGCCCAGUGUGUAAGAGACAGAUUCAGAUGGUGAUAAGGACCUUUAUAGCAUAGCAAUGUCGCUUUUCAGGUGCUGCGGAGCAAGGAUCAUCAUUCAGUGGACUAUAACUAAAGGAUAAAGAUUUAUAUUUAGAAGUAUGUUUAUAUAUAUUUUUUUAUCAGAGAGGGGAACGUGAACCUGUGAGCCAAAUUUCUUGGCCAUUUAUACAGCCUGGAAAUUAACAUGCUUGCUUUUAUCAGAUUGACUGGCAAAGGGUUCUUUGUUAAAACUAUGUCAGCUGACUAUGUAAAAGCCGUAAGAUGAGCAAUUCUUUGUGCACAAUGGUGCUAGUUCUGAAGUGCAGGAAUCUUAUUGUGUAUUGCAGUGUUUCUCAACCAGUGUGCCUCCAGAUGUUUUGGGACUACAACUCCCAUCAUCCCUAGCUAGCAAGACCAGUGGUCAGGAAUGAUGGGAGUUGUAGUCCCAAAACAUCUGGAGGCACACUGGUUGAGAAACACUGGUGUAUUGAGCUGUGUUUUUCUCUUACUGUACCAUUUAACCCACGAGCAGAGAUACCUGCUCUCUGCAUAACUUUCAUUGUGGUAUUGAAAAUAUUCACAAAGGUAGUGUGAAUGCUUGAUAGAAAAUAUACCUGUGCAAUUCUCACCCCUCAUAAUUAGGGAAUAAAGCACCUUCAAUUUGAGUUUAUGUGCAUGGGGCUAUUCUUAAUGAUGGCCCCUCUUCUGUGAAAUGUUAAUGCGGUGGUGCUCCAUGUCCCUCUCUGGGUGUUGGCUCUUCACAAUAUGAUAAUGUAGCUAACCCUUCACCAACCGAGUGCCUUCCAGAUCUUGGGUUGAUGAGUGUUGCAAUUGAAAACAUCUGGAAGGCACCAGCUUGAUGAAGGCUGGCUUACACCCUCUUUCAGUUUUCUAAGUUAUUUGUAGCUUUAAGAAUAGUCUACAAUUUAUGUAGCAUCUGAAAGAACCCUUGAUUUUUGGAUAGUUAUUCAAAAGUGACAGGGUAGAGCAGGCACCCCCAAACUUCGGCCCUCCAGAUGUUUUGGACUACAAUUCCCAUCUUCCCCGACCACUGGUCCUGUUAGCUAGGGAUCAUGGGAGUUGUAGGCCACAAAACAUUGGGAGGGCCGCAGUUUGGGUAUGCCUGGGCUAGAGCCUUUGAGAAGCCAAAACAUAUUUAAUAAGGGCAAAUAUAGUUGCCCAUCAUAAAAUAUAAUUUAAAAACUGUUUUAUUUAGCCGUGAUGGACAUUCUUUUUGAACCCGUGAAUUAUUAGAUGAAAAGAUAAAUGCCCUGUCUAUAUUCAUCAAUGCAGCAUAACCCCACUAGUCAUUUUGCCAAAGAUCUUGCCAUUGUAGAUAUCUGGAGUAAUGGUGCACCGUAGGAGGGAGAGAAUCGGGUUCUCUUUUUAAAAAAAGUAUUUUUAUUAAAGGUUUCUUGAUUUACAAAAGUAUGUGCAAUCUCUCUCUCUCUCUUCCAUUUAUCAUUUUUACAAAUCAGUUUCAUUUGUUGAGACAUUGGGAAAAAGAGGGGAAGAGAGGUAAAUGGGGGGGGAGGUUGGGGGAUUUUUUUUAAAAAAAGAUGGCAUUGCUCUUACUUCUUCUUCGUUAUUGCUAACUCUUGUCCCACUUUUGAUGUAAGGGUAUGGGGUACCUUUUCAGGAAGAAUCAGGGCUGGGCAGAAGCAGACCUUAUAACAAUAGGACCUCUAGAUGUUUGUGGACUUAAACUCCUAUCAUCCUGGUCCUUGACCAUUCUGGCUGGGACUGAUAGGUGUUGGCAACCAACAUCUGUUAAGCUGCAGAUUCCCCAUCUCUGAAGUUUAAAGGCAAAUAGCUCUGUGAACCCUAAAGAUAGGCCUACUCAAAUAGUCCUGAAUAUGAAACCAAUAUUCUUCAACUCUUUCGGCACCUUUUGUUCCUUCUAAGGGUUCAUGUUGGCGAGUCUUACAAUGAGGCAUCUUGCACUUUAAAGCCUAUAAUAUACAUCUUGUCAUCUAUUUACUCCAUUCUUUUGGGAUCGCUACAGGAUUGUUCCCAUAAGUUUUCUUUGUCAUAUUGAAACUGGCAUAUAUAGUGAAUGUUAUUGCUUUAGAAUUUCAAAUGCAACUUUAUGGUACUGGUUGGGUAAUCCACCUGACAUUGACCUCCCUCAGGCAUGUUGUCUGCUAGAAACGCUUCCUGGUCUCUUCUAAGCCCCUUUUGACCAAGAUAUCCCCUGAGGGCAUGCAGUUUAACUGGCCAUGGAACCGCUGUAACUUUUUCAUCUUCUGUGGCCAUUAACAAUUUCUGUUUGGGCAGCAUAGGUUGACCAACUUAGUUUAUUGGGGUGGGGUGGCUUUUUGCGCGAGUUUAGCAAGCAUUUUUAUGGACGAUUCUUAAUUUUUCUGCUAUUUCAGUGUUUACUCCAUUCUUUUGGGAUCGCUACAGGAUUGUAUUUUAAUAUUUUGUUGGAAGCCGCCCAGAGUGGCUGGGGAAACCCAACCAGAUGGGCGGGGUAUAAAUAAUAAAUUAUUAUAAUAUUAUUAUUACCUGCCAGCAAGCUGCCUAUGGUUGAUAAUAUUUCCCAAAUGGGGGAGCUUGAAAUAAGAAGAAAGCAGAAACCUAUUUUCCUUAAAAGGCCCCUGGCAGUGGGGGUCUGAAGUACCACUGCUGAGUUUUUGUCUAUUACAGAGAUGCUGUUUAUAAAUAUUGUGUGGGGGUGGGUGAAGGGAGGGGCUUAUUUCUCCUUCAGUGGAGGAAGGAGUGUGGGUUGUCACCACCCACUGAAGUCAGACUUCCGAGAGGGCACACCUGGUGGAUAGGGCCAGCCCCCUGACUGGUUCAACUUCCUGUCAGCUCCACUGUAGGUUGCUCUUGCCAGCAGCUUUAGGCACGGCUAAAGAGAAAAGGCGGGAAUGCCAUUUUGGAAGGGAUUUUCCUUGGCUAUUCUUUUGUUUGUUUUUCCUGUCUCCUCUUUCUGCUCUUGCUCUGCUAUUCCUGCUCUCUCCUGGCUCCCCAGAUUCACCCCUAGUGUCAAGAAGGGUUGAAACACAGCUAAUGGGGAGGAGGAGAUCUGUUCUCUACCAACUCAUCAAAUGAGUAAUUGGGAAGCCAGGCCACCUGUGCAGGGGUACCAGGGAUCUCCCUGAUCACACCUGUUUUUCCAAGUUUUUCUUCAUGAUAAUCAAAACCAUUAUUAAAAUUGUAUGCAUAUAUACCUAUGAAACCUUUUAAAACCAAAACAGUUUAGAAUUACUUGUUUCAAGAAACUUCUAAAUACCAAGAUCCGAAUGAUGUACUCCUUAAUUUGGGGCUACCACUGAAAAUAAUAGCCUCAGAGUUCUCAACCUUCCCCUUGUGUUAUGAUGUUUCUUCAGGAAUUUCCACAUCCUUGCUCAUGAUUGAGAUAAUGUAAAAUUUAUGUAUAUUAAGGUAAAACAUUUAUUAAUGUGGGGUGAAGGAUUGAGAUAACUCAAGUGUGUUUGGUAGCAGCAAAAUGUUGAGCAUAACAUCACGAUCUGUUUUAAAUCCCGGGCUGGUCCGUCUCCCACCUUCUCUCCCUCUCAUCCCCUCCUCUCCUGGCUGAGGAGGGAUGUGGUACAGAAUGGAAGUGGUUGUCUUUUUUGGGGGGGUGGGCGGGUGUUUCUGCAGGCUUAAUCAGGCCUCUGCUUUGUACUUUUCUGUCAUUGUUUCAAAUUAAAAAUUGCUAGUGUGUGAAAUGCAAUUCUACCCUAUUGUUUGAUCAGACAUGUGAUGCUUUGUUCAAAUGUUAAUAUUUAUCUCUGAUGCAAAGUUGACUUGCAGAGCAGCAAUGAGGUUAAAUUUCAAGAUAAAACGAUUAGCAUGCUGCAGCACCUUUUCUUCCAGCCAGAUCUGCAAAUGCUCACUGCAGAAUGCGCCUAAAAUAGCAAUCUCAGCAAACACUGUUACCCCUGAAAUACUGUUAUCUGUACUAGAAGGCCUGUGACUUUUUAGCUUCUGGAAUUUAGUUGUUCCAAAUGCAUCUCAUCUUUAAACAAUGCUGAACUUCAUUAUUGCACUGACUGAAAUUACAGUUUGAAAUUAAAUAAAUGGACCUUUUGCUAUCCUGGCUAA